UAUCUGGAACGGUUGGAAAUAAGGCUGGAUCAAUUGAGACAGGAGAAUGCCCACCUGCGACAGGAAAAUAAUGAAUGGCGAAAUAAAUACGACAUUCUGGAGAAGUCUCUCGGUGAUCUUCAAGCUGAAUAUGCGAGCCUUUGUCGAGUAUCGCAGACGAGCUCAGGUGGAAGUAGUGGGGACUCUUCGAGCUCCUCCUCCUUGAAUCAAUCUUCGCUUCUUUCGCCUUCCGCUACCACAGCAGAACAUGGCGUUCUGCCAAAGUCUUCUAAACAACAAACGUCGGCACUACCACUCCAGCAAUCUCUUCUCUCCACCACUUCAUCUUCUCGUUUCUCUAAUGUCACAAGUAAAAUCUCUCUUCUGAGAAAAUCGCAACACCCGACAGAUCGUAUUGUCCUCCAGAAACCCAUCACUGGCAACACCGGUGGCGUUAGUCUCCUUGGGAGCGGCUCUCGUUUCCUUCCUGUUAUAGGUAGUAGCGGAAGCAACGUCACACUCUCUUGUGGAGUACGUAAGAAAGUCACCACAAGUCUCUUCAUCUUGGCCUGCCUUUUUGCCAUAAAUUGUUCUGUCAUUCCGUUCGGCCAAUUGAGUAGCCCCUCCAGUGUCGUUGCUAUAGCCUCUGAAUAUGACAACCCGAUACUGAAACCUUCUAUCACCAGUCGAGUUCUCUUCUCGGUUCCAGUGACGUCAGGUAAUCUCUCUGAAGCAACGGCAGCUGGUCAACAGGCAAGGAAGAAUUCGACCAAUAUAACACCAGUCAGUGAUAAACCUUCUGUUAAUGUCACAGCCGCUGUUGUCACGGAGAUCGGAAGAUGUCAUCCUGAUGAAGUCAUUGAUCUUAUGAAUCAGCAGGUGAGACCGUAA